AUGGCAACUUAUUUUGGAGUUACCUCAGCAGUGUUUUUCAUCUGGGUUAUGACAUUUAUGGCUCAAAAUUACUUUAUAACAGGUUCCAUUCUUUCACCUUGCAGGAUCACAGGUGUAGGAAUUUAUCUUGAGGAGAAAGUGAAUUUCUCAGAAGCAAGUAAUGCAUGUAAUCAACUGAAUCUACAAUUGGCAACUAAAGACCAAGUUGAAAAGGCUUUGAAACAUGGCUUUGAAACAUGCAGCUAUGGAUGGGUGGAAGAGAGAUUGGUUGUCAUUCCUCGGAUAACAUCCAACAAGAAAUGUGGUAAGGGCAACGUUGGACUAGUGCUAUGGUAUGCUGAACCCUUUAAAACAUUUAAGGUUUACUGCUUCAAUUCCUCAGAUGUUCGGAUUAAUUCAUGUAAACCAGAUCCAGCUACAACUGUAUUACCUUCAUCAAGUGUGCCAAUGGAAUUAACUACAUAUUCAGGCUCUGAUUUGACUGAGAACAUCACAGCAGUGCCCAAUGUGACUGAGUCAGAACAAUCCCUGAAAAAUACAAAAUUUCGGGUAAUAUGUAUAACAGAAACUAUAUUACCAACAGAGGGGACUACCACAAAAAUGCCAGAGGAAUAUUCACCGAUUGACUCUCCUAACUACACUUCCCAUGCUGCCUUUAAGAAUGAUGCCAUUGUUUUUGGAGGUAUCCCCACUGCACUUCUUGUACUGGCAGUCAUCUUCUUCAUUAUUUCAGUUGUUCUAGCAGUCUGCUAUAUCAAAAAGUACAAGAAAACCUUCCCAUUUUCAAACAAGAAUCAGCAAAAAGAAAUCGUUGAAACUACUGCUCUCAAAGAGGCUAAGUCAAAUGACAAAACACCUGAGAAGGAAACAAAAAAUAAUGGAAAAAAGGUAGAAGAGUCUAAAACCAAGCCUGAGGCCACAGUGAAAUGUCUAGAAGCAGAAGUUUAA